AUGCUAAAAUUUGCACCGUUAAAUGUUCCAUUUGAAAGAAGAAGACAAACUGCAACUGUAUUAUUUUGGCUUAUGUCUUUACCGGUUACAUUGUUUUUAUUCUUUUUGUGUUGUACAAUACCAUUUUUUUGGCCAUGGAUUAUUGCAUAUUUGCUAUUUGCGCAUUUUGAUAUUGCACCUGAAAAUGGUGGAAGAAGAUUUGAUUUUGCUAGGAAAAAUAUAUAUUGGAAAUGGUACGCUAAAUAUUUUCCAAUCAAAUUAGUAAAGACGGCGGAUUUAGAUCCAAAAAAAAAUUAUUUAUUUGGAUAUCAUCCACAUGGAGUCAUAUCAGUUGGAGCAUGGACAAAUUUUGCAACAGAAGCCAACGAUUAUUCCAAACAUUUUCCUGGUAUAACAUGUAGACUGUUGACUUUGUCAGGCAAUUUCAAUAUGCCACUUUAUCGUGAAUAUUUGAUGGCUCAGGGUGUCGCGUCUGUGUCAAGACAAUCAUGUGAAAACAUUUUAAAGAAAGGACCAGGUCACUCAGUGAUGAUUGUGAUUGGAGGAGCAGGUGAAAGUUUGAGUGCAAGACCAGGUGUUUAUGAGUUGAUAUUGAAAAAAAGGUUAGGGUUUGUUAGGUUGGCCAUACGAUGUGGUGCUUGUCUGGUACCUGUUUUUUCAUUUGGUGAAAAUGAUAUUUGGGAACAGGCUGAUAAUCCUAGGGAAAGUAAGGUUUGGAAAUUCCAGAAGCUGGUACAAAAGUAUAUCGGAUGGACAAUGCCGUUAGCCUACGGAAGAGGACUUUUCAAUUAUGAUAUCGGAGUUCUUCCACAUAGAAGACAAAUUACAACUGUUGUCUCAACAGUUGCAAAAUCUAAACCAGGGACACGAAAAGCACGACCAGGACCACGACAACAAGUAUUUACAGAUGUAAGAGGCGAAUUUAAAAUAAUUGAUUUAAGGCCUUGGCUUAGGGGAUUUGAUACAAAAUGCAUAAUACUAGAACGUGCAUCAAGAAUUAAUGCACCAGUCAAUAUCUUCCUGGUUGCCGAUGAAACUGCUAUGUGCAGAAUGGCAAUCUGGGGAGAUGUUGGGAAUGAACUUAGGGUGCAAGAUGUUGUGGAUAUUAAAAAUGGUGAAACAAGAUUAUUCGAUAGAAGAUUACGAUUAAUAUUAAAUAGAAAUGGCGGAGAAAUUAGGAUUAUUGAACGGGAUGCUACGUAUUACGUUGAAUCGGGCCAGCCAAAUAUAAGCGAAAGAGUUUGGCCAGAAUAA